AUGUGUGUGUGGGAAAGACUUAAGCUUCAAUCCUGUCCUGUCUGUGGAACAAAACAGCAACUGGACAGAAGGUAUAUAGUCAAAUAAAUCAAGAAGGCUGGAAAAGCAGACAAAGAAUGUACAGUUGAGCUUCAUAUCUGCGUUCGACAAACCUGCUGAAAAAGAAAGGAGGAUCAUUCUCUCAUCAACAUGGGCUGCUCUCCCUCUAAAGGACAACUCUUCAGUAAAAGGCCUGCUUUACCCUCUGGGCCAGCAGAAAGCAAGAAAAACCCCAACCUGCUGUCAGGCGGAGAUCAGAUUCAGUCCAAAGCAGAGGAUUCAGAAGAACUAGCGGAAACAGAGAUAGAGGAACCUGCAAAACACUCUGAGGGUAAGAGGCAUUCAGUAGAUGAUGUAGUCUGUGAUGCCACAGCAAUAGUGCGAGAAGAUGCUGCUGAGAAGAUUCUGGAGAUAAUCAGUUCUCAUGAUGAGCAAAGAGCACAAGAGACUCUCCUAGAACAGCAGGAAGAAGCAGUGGAGGAGAAAAAGACCAGAGAAAAGCAGGUGAAGCGAAAGAAGCAAAGGAAACCCAGACUGAGAAAAAACUCCCAUGUGCUGGCCAAAGCGGAGUUUGUACUGAUAGCCCACCAGGCAGCCUAUGCGUACCUGAACCCCAGCAUAUCCAAAUACGAGGCUCUCCUGGGGCUCCUAGGUCAGGCUGCACAGACCCAGCGCUCUCUACAGACCACGGUGGCUUCGGUAGUCCUCCACUUCGAGGAGAUCAACCAGGCUCUGGAGGACCUGGCUGCUGACGGCGAGCAGCUGCUGAGGGAACACGGACACAACAUGACAUGGCCCGCUUCUCUCAAAGACUAUCCCCCUACAGCAGCCAAUGGCCAGACCGGCUCCCCGCUGCCAUCCGAGCUGCUGCAGCAGAUGCUCCUCCACUCCACAGUGAACAUGGCCUCGAUGGGAGACUCUGUCAGAUGCCGGAGCGACUCGGCCCUACAGGAACUAGCCCAGUACUUUGGCUCCAUGUCUGAGCUCAUAGGAGAGAAGCUUCUGGCUAAACGUGCGGCUGAGGAGCGCCUGAAGCAGGUCCUGUGCCAUGUGGAGGCAGCUGCCUUCAGAAAGCCUGGUCCUGAGGACUCUGCACUCCACAGUGAGGACAGCGGCAUCGGUGCCGAGAACGACUGUCAGAAUGGGUCAGAGCGACAGCGUCGCAGCAGGGGGAGUUCAGGAUCAGGAGCAAAUGCUGGAAUAACAUCUGCCUUCAACAAUAGUGCAUCUCUAGACCAGCAGCACGCCAGUGAGCCAGUUUCAGAAGAUGAUGAGGAUGAUGAAGAGGAUGAUGAAGAUGCAGAACCCGAGGAGGAAGCCAGUGGCAAAGAUGAGCUGGAGGUGCAAGAGGACAAGAAGAUUGAGACAACGUGUGGCUUUUCUGAAGCACACACCAGCCGUCCUGCUUUCCAGGGUGGGCUUCAGGAACCAGCCAAGGCCAGCUAUCUGAAGAGGAAAAUCAGACGGCCGAAAACAGCAGACAACAACACUUUACAGAUGAAACCAAAGCACCGCCAUUUAAGAGGACCAAAGCGCUCUCAAUCUGCAGAGUGUUUGUGCAGCGAAGAGAAAGACUCAGAUCCUCAUGAGAAACUGGGAUAUCAGAGAAACCAGCACGCACAGCACUGGAGGAGGAAAAACUGUUUACCGGAAGGCCGUGUUCGGUCAAAGAUCAGAGGUGGUUCAUCAGGGGCACCCAGUGCAGACAGAUACUACGGCCUUCAGUAUGGCAGCAAAGGGCCUUUCAGAGCAGCUCCACCCAGCUCUCCUCCGACCUUUACUCCAGAGCCACCGGGGCGAAAUGCUGUCAGGAGGCUCAUCAACACUUUCAGCCAAGGAGUGGAGGACAGUUCAAGACAACGCCUUUUAGACCAAAGACCAGUAAGGGCCAGAGGCCACAAGAAAUGCAGUCUGCCACUUCUGCAGAACAGCAGAGCAGCGCUGACCACCGGUGCCGACCUACAUCUGCUGUCUGACAGACCUGAGAUCCUGGACCUGGACAGCCUCCCGCCUCCGCCUCCAGAGAUGCUCAUGGACAGCUCGUACAGCAGCAGUGCUGGACCAUCUGCUGAAGAAGGGCCUCAUGAUGUGCAAUGCCGAGGUCAGCGCACUCUGACCCAGAGACAGCCUGUGCCACUCAGCCGGGCCAACGUGCAGCGCUGCUCCAUCAGCUCCUCUCGGCCUUCGAGACAAGAUGCUUUCCUGGGCUCCAGCAUUGAGCGGGAUUAUACACAGGUGACAGAGGGAGAGAACGCGUCGCUGUACACCAAGUGUUAUCCUCCAACCACUCCACCAGUCUCCAGGACACGGCUCCCACCCUCAUGCCCCAGUGUGCACCACGCAGUGCCGAGUCCCCCAUCCACAACCUGGCCCCCCAAUGGGAGGUGGACUCCAUCUGCAAAACCACACACACUUCCUCCUGGCUCACAGUCUUAUUUAGAGGCCCGGGCCAAGUUUUGUCAGGAGAACCAACCGUGGCCCCCCUCAUGCACAUCCACACUUCCCCGGCCAUGGGGAGAUCCAGCCAGAGGGAGGGUGUCAAUGGGACACCUCCAGCCAUCAGGUCACUGCCCACAGGCCCACAGCGAGCCACUGCCGGACAUCAGAGCGCAGGAGGGGCUGAUCGAGGACGCCUCAGACUCCACUAGCGAUGGGACGAGGCCUGAAUGUGAGCCGGAGCCGGCAGACUCUCACCUGAACACACUCCAGCCGCAGCAGAUUGCAGAUUAGCUGGAUUACAGACCUGAGCCGGGAUAUAUCGGGAAACAUUUCCAGAGAAAUAUCAGCACCACAAUGCUCACAGGAGCUUUAGAGAGUGUGCAUUCGCCUCUGUGUCAAUCUGUUAAGCUCAUGUUUACUUCUCUAUCUAUAGCGGGAUCUGUCUAUUGAUUUCUAAUGUUUAACACCAGAUCAAGCGUCAGUCAGAUACACUCUGCCUUUCCCAGACUCAUCUCACUGUACUCACUGUUCAACACACUGUAUUACUGAGACACCAUCAAUAAUAAACUAGAACACUCCUAAUCUCU